AUGAAUUAGUAGGCAUACAACAAGUUUGAGGGUGAAGAAAUUCAUACCGAAGAUUUGAAUAUUAAUAGGCAAACUAUAAAUUCUUAACAUCAUCAAUCCUAACAAUAAAGAGAAUCGAUUGUUGAUGAAUCUGUCCGCUUAAAAAAGAAGACAGCUUACCAAUUUAGGGCACUCUUUUACAAAAGCAUUGCUCUCUAAUCUAAAUAAAUAGGCACUAACUUAUGUUAGAUCUUUACUCCACUCAUUUGCUUAAUUUUCGUAUUUUUGAUCAAGAAGCUAGCAGAAAAUCAGUUUGGAACAACUUUUUCAUUAGAUUAUCCAUUCAUAUUUAAUGUGCCAGGUAUGUAUUCGUGGUACCCUUUCAUUGAUAAUUCAACCUGCUUAGAAUGGUAUGCUUAUGACUUUGAAAAAAAUGCUACUGAUUCAACACGUUCAUUUGUGGGAUAUAAUAAUGGUGUUGAUGAAGAAUAACCUCAAGGACUGCUAAAAAAUAUUUUCUAAAAUAAAAACAAAUGCUAAUUCGAGCCAAAAUAUAAUGAAAAAACAGUUUCAAGAAAUGUUCCCUUUUUCAAGAUGCCACCUGAAAACACCUCUAUUAAUGAAGAAAUUUACGAAUCACUUCAAAUUCUUAAUGAAGUUCCUUACUAAAGAGGAAUUGAUUUAAACAGUCUCGAUAUCAUUCCAGAUGGUGCUGUAUAAUUUUAGGAAGCUUCUAAAGAAAAACUUGUCUACAAAGUAUAAAUUAAUGAUCUUCGUAUCCCUGAAUACCAUAGAAAUAAUGGUAUUACUAAAUAUAGAUUCAAAUUAGAAAAUAUGGAAUAGCCUGUAAGUGAAUUAAGAGUUGCUGAGGGCUAAAUUAGUUUAAUUGAUUUAAUAAGCAGAGCUUAUUUGUAAACAUUUAACGAAAACGUAUGGCUAGUAUCAGGUAUAUAAUAUAUGCCUUUAGUAGGAGAAGAUAAAGCCUUCAUUAUGCGUAUUAUCAGUAUUACAGGUGCUUCACUGUAUCCUCUUGCUCUUUCUUUGCUUUUACCUAUAUUUAUGUAUGUAAUUGUUCUUGAAAAAGAAGAAAAGUUACUUGAAAUGAUGAAGAUGAAUGGUAUGAGAAUGAAAGAUUAUUGGUUAAUGACUUUUCUCUUUUCUUUGACCUUGACAUUAUUGACUUACACUCUAUUUUAUCUCUUUGGCUACUUUAUUUUAGGCCUUUCCUUUUUCACUGAGACUUCUCUCAGUUUAUUGUUUGUUUGCUUCUUUGGAUGGGGUUUGAGUUAAAUUGCUCUUUCAUUUUUCUUUUAAGUUUUCCUCUCUAAGGCUAGAUCAGCCACAAUUAUUGGUUAUUUACUUUCUAUAUGGACCAGUUUAAUUGCAGUCACAAUAAAUGCAGCUGUAUAUCCUGAUCCCUAUUAAUUACCAUUUACUAUGAGACUUUACCCUCCUCUAGGAUUUUCACGUUUAAUGUACAUCUUCUCUUUUGCUUGCUCUAAUGGCUAGUGUUUCCGUCGUUGGGAUAGCAUUACUGAUGAAAUUAAAGAUUGUAUUAUUUUCUUGUAUGUCGGAUUUGUAGUUUUCACUCUUUUAGGUGUUUAUCUUCAUGAAGUUAUCCCCUAAGAAUUUGGUACUUAGCAACAUUGGUUAUUUUGCUUGAGAAAGUUAAGAAAAAGAAAUAAAGGUAAUGAUUUUGACUCUAGUAUGGUUAACUAAAAUUAUGAGGGGCUUUAGGAAGAUGAAGAUUCAAAAUAAGAAAGAGAAUUUGUCCGUAACAUUGAAGACCAUAGCUAGUAUCCACUUGUCAUUCGUGAUUUAAGAAAAGUUUACAAGCCUGUUGGAGGUAGACCUGAGCAUGUAGCUGUGAAAAAUUUAUCUCUUCAUGUAAAAAAGGGUGAAAUUUUUGGUUUACUCGGACCUAAUGGUGCUGGUAAAACAACUCUUAUUUCUAUGAUUACAGGUGUUUAUGCUCCAACCAAAGGUAACGCCUGGAUUGCUGGAUAUGAUAUAGUUAAUAAUAUAGAAAUGGUUCACUUGAAUAUGGGUGUGUGUCCAUAGUUUGAUUUAUUAUGGCCAGAUUUAACAGUUGAAGAACAUUUACUUUUUUAUGCUAGACUUAAGGGUGUUGCUCCAUCAGAAGAAAAGGCUAAAGUAGAAAGAGCUAUGAAAGAGGUAUAUCUUGAAUAAAAGGCUAGCUAUAAAACUGCAGAAUUAUCUGGAGGUAUGAAGAGAAGACUUUCAGUAGCUAUAUCAUUAGUUGGUGACCCUAGCAUCAUCUUUUUAGAUGAACCUUCAACCGGUCUUGAUCCUAAGAAUCGUAGAAAGCUUUGGGAUAUUUUAAGUGAGUGCAGAGGAAAAAGAGCUAUGGUUUUGACAACACACUCUAUGGAAGAAGCUGAUGUUUUAUGCAGCAGAAUAGGUAUCAUAACUAAUGGAUCUUUGAGAUGUAUUGGGUAAUCAGUAACUUUAAAGAAGAAUUACGGUAAAGGUUAUCACCUUUAUAUCAAUUGUGAGAAAAAGAAGUAACAAGAUAGAUCAGCAUUUGAUGAAGAAAGCCAUCAAUCAGAUAGUGGAACAUAAGAGGAGAUUAAAGACAAUCUAUUCAAAUACAUAGAUCAAAUUAUACCAAAGAAUGAAAAGAAGCCAUCUUUCAAUAUGAACUUUAUUUUCUAGAUUCCAAAUGAUAAUCUUAAGGUCUCUCAAAUUUUUGAUUUGCUUGAGAAAGAAAAGACUCGUUUAAAAAUAUCAGAUUGGGGUAUUUCAUAAUCUAGUUUAGAAGAUGUAUUCAUGAGCAUUGUAGAAACUGCAGAAUAAUGA